UUAUUUUUUAACAUCCCGUAUACAGUCGCGGGACUUCCAAAAAGUCGACGCGUCACUACGGGGCAUUCGGUUGUUAAUGAUUGCAUACCGCAGUUAAGCAUUAGAGUUUGCAGUCAGCGGCAGCGGCACGAGGAGCGCAAAGCUUCACGGACCGCGUAACGAAAGCUCGAAUGCGACUAGUAGGAAGCGCUGGCGCGGGAGCUUUUUCAUUCUGUACCGCGGCAUGUUCGUUGCCAUGUGAUUCACCACAUCCGCAUUACAACUGUCGCUUCAACGCGUGCCAAAACGUUUUUAGACGUUCGCGCGGUAAAAAGGACUCGAAGGACGGUAGGAAAGAAAUGGCCAGCGGCAGACGACUUCUUUUGUUUUUGGUUUUGAUGUGCGGUCCAAACACUAAAUCGGCAGUUGCCAUUCUGAAUUGCCUGUUGGCUCGUCAAUUGUGCUUUGAGGAUGCUUCCUGUUCCUCCAUUUUGGAAAUAAUUCCACUAGUUUGCGGUCCCGAAGUUGUUGCCUGUUCGACUGUGACGGUUACAAAAUGCCAGGCAGCAUUACGCACACUACAGGCGUUUCCGUUUUUCAAACCCACAUGUCUCUGUCGUGAGCCACAUAUGGACCCCGAGUGCAACUCGUUCAGAGAUUUCCUUUUCGAUCAUCCGUGCAUGUUCGUCAAGGAAAAAGAGAAAGACCCUUAUCCAAUUGACGCGCUGCCAACUUGCACCCAUGCCCAUUUCGUAUGUCAGCAAGAACCGAAAUGCAUUAAGUUAUACGAGGACUUUAAAAUGCACUGCAAAGUCAGAGAGAACAAAUGUCGCAUGGACGACAGGGUACAAUGUUUUGAAGCCUGGACCAACCUGCACAAAUCUCCCAUGUUCGGAUGUAUUUGUCCGAAUAAUCACAUGAAAAAACGAUGCGAUAGGAUAUUUAGCAUGGUGAACCACAAUCCGUGUGUUGCUUCAGACAAUACCUCAACAUACUACGACGACAUAACGCUUAAAAAUCCGCUGGUAGACGCGAUCCAUGGCCAAGAAGCUCAUGCGGGCUACGACCGCAUAUCUGUUUCCGUUUUAAAGAACAAACCUUACAGCGACCACCGGCAGUAUCCUGAAGAGGAAGAAACACAACCGAAUGGUCAAACGGGAAACGCAAUACAUCAAAGUACUUCGGAGGAAGUGGAGCGUGAAAAGCUUGUAUUUCAAAGCACAUGUCACACGGCAAUGGAAAGCUGCAACAAUAAUUACCAGUGCCGGAGAUUGUUGUCGCCCGUUUUGUUACACUGCGAUGUGUCGCAUUGUAAUAGGAACUCGUGCAUGGAGGCCCUUCAGGGCUUCUAUGGCAAACCGAACUUUCACUGGAACGUCGAAAUUGCCUUUUGUUUGUGCAAAAAGACUGACAACAAACAAGACGCUUGCGUAAUUGCGCAAGAAAAAUUACAUCCGAUAUGUGCCCAGAGAACUGAAGAAUCACCUCAACCCACAUGUCUCCACAUGGCUGAAGCAUGUAAAGAAAGUAGUUCUUGCAGAGCGAAACUUGAAUAUUACGAGCAAUCCUGUGCGGUCGAUAGUGUAACGAAAAAAUGCGCGGGCUCUCCAGUCGAGUGCAGGAAAUCAAUCCUAGCUAUAUUGGGGACAGAUCUGAGAACUACUUGUGCUUGUAAAGGAGCGGACAUUAGCCAAUUAUAUGAAUGUUUGGGAUGGCAGCGACUGCUCUGGGUCAAUCCGUGCGUUGUCGAUGCGCAGAAGCACUAUCACAUGAAGAAAGCCGCGGAACAAAGUAGACUUACUACUCACAUCCCUACCACGCGAACAACAACCAGCACUACUACCACCACAACCAGUACCACCACCACGGUCCAUCUGACAGAUAUGAAAUCGGUUACAGAAGCCUCACUGAGGGCGAAUACCAUCAUCGAGUUUGUGCCUCCCCCUCAAGCUUUCGUACCUACAUCGACCACCGCCGCUCCGACCACAACUGCUAGGAAGACUACGACCAAACGAACUAGGCCCACUACGACUUCUACUACAGUACCACCAAGGUCGUGUGUGGUGCAACGUCCUCAAUUUCCAGACCAGUUUAUCACGGAGGGAAGCUUUAAACGAAUUUACCACGAAGACGAAUUCGAAUGUUCCGACGUGUGCGAAUGCGAAAUAGGGGAAAAAUUGUCGUGCCGAACCAUUUGCAUCGAUCGGAUGCCUUGCAAGACGGAAUUCGCAUUUUACAACCACGCCGCGCCGGCAUACCAGGCGUUUCGGGGUCGGUGCCUCUGUUACUCAGGAAGAUUUAUCUGCAUGAAGCCAUCUCCCAUGGAUUACUCCUUGCCGCACGGCGUGUACUUAUUUCUCGGAUACAGCGAGGUUGAUGAAAGAGAGUUGAACAGGAACCAUACGACACAUCUGGUUGUUAUUCAGGACGUUGUCAGGGUUUUGCAGAAUUUUAUAAGGGAUAUAAACGAGACGGCCUGCAUAUUGGAGUUUUUCAAUUCUACUAGAGAAAACGUCAUAAUUGUUGGAAAAUUGUCGAACGAAGUGGAUACUACGAAGCUCACUCCAUCAGAACUGCUACUAAAAGAAAAGGAUGAAUGUGCGGAUUACAUGGAAAUAAUCAGCGAUAGAAUAAAUACCAGAAAUGCCGAUUUCAUGUCGCACGUGCUGCUGUCGGUAUUCAAAAUGGCGGAAGUGGAGAUCGUGCCCAUCGAGACGGCUUCGUCGGCGAAAAGAUACAUAUCAGAAAAAUCUAUAUUUUUAUUAAUAUUUUCGGUAAAUUUUAUUGGAUUCCUUGGCAACUUUUUGUCGUGCUCGUGACAAUGAGACUGACGGAUACAUAUCAUAAUAUUGUACUUUAUGAGGUGCGAAGUGUUAUUCUAAACACUUCAUAGCUGAAGAUGUCACACUCUGUACAUAUCAUUGUUGACUAUUAUUGUUACCAUUCAAAAUAGACUACAUUAGUCACAGACUGUCGUUUUAAAGGCAUUGCUCAGACCUUCUAGGUAAAUUUUUAAAUUGAGAAACAACUGUUUAUAUUUUAUUUUACAAAUGCUUUUGGUGUAGGGAUAUCCGGAAAUGUCUUCCUUAUUGUGAGGUGCAAACUCAUAUCACAGGUUAGGAUAUGAUACUAGUUAAACAAACCAAAAUUUUGUCUUCGUCCGUUUUUCGAAAUUGGCGCCGAUAUGUUCAGUAAAUGAUUUUACGAAUACGAAUCCGACGCUAACAAUAAAAUAAUAAGAUCGCACUUAUGGUUUUAUGGAUUAGUUUUUAACAAUUAAAUAAAUUGGGUAAUUAGAAACAGCUGAGAAGAAUGCUUGACUCUUAACAAAUUUUUGGAGUUAAAGGUGUGUAAUUAUUUGUUGUAAAUUUAUUGUUAAAAUUGUCUCAAUAUUUUAAACUAAAUAAAGUUAGAGCUUGCGAAACAAACCUGUGUUGUAGGAGGUUUACUAUAGAAGAAUGGACGACAAAAAAAUUUUACAACCCCCUAAAUAAUGCAAUCACCUUGCGGUAAUGAUAUUAGGCAUAGAAUUAUCCCGUCCACUGGAGCUUUAGCUUUAACUCACCAAGACUUUACAGUGUUUUAGAGUCUCUAGAGAUGUUUCCAAUGUGUCAUGUGACUCUAGUGAAUAUAACUAAUGGUACUAAAGAAAUCUAGAGCAUAUAUGAAGUCCUUAAAAACUGUAGAGUAUUUAAUUAUUGAUGUUAAUACUUUUAUAGGUGAGUAAAUGAUUAUACCUACCUAAUCGUAAGAGUUUUAUAACUUUUCUAAUGCGUUAAGGUUAACAGACACAUCCCCACAUUUUCUACUUAAUUAAAUAAUUCAAUUCUGCCUUAUAUUUGCAGUUUGCUUUUGUAACAGCCGAACGGACGGUUUAAAUAAUAAUAUAUAAUUUUAUUAUAUAAAAUUAUUAUUAUUCACAUUAUAUUUCAACAUAUUUUGAUUUAAAAUAAAUGCUUAAUAUUUGCUUCUGAGAAAAUUUACGUCAAAAUUUUAAAAUGUAACAAUACCGAUUCCUGUUGUUAUUUGCACCGACUGUUAUUCAAACCAUGCGUUUUAUUAUCGUGUAAAAUAGAAGCAAAUGCAAAUUUCGACUGUGCCUAGGUAACCGUGUACUAGCGAAAUCAAUUUCCCGAAUUAUGUACACCCUCCAGGUAUAAAAAUCUGGUUAAUUUUAAUUCAUUACUACCCUGACUGUGUAUUUUGCAGUGUAUACCUCGUAUUAGGAAAAUGUUAGUUUAAUUGAAAAGUUUUAUUAGGUAAAUUAGCUAAAUCUAACCUGUGAUGCAUUCUCACUAGUGUGCUUUGAAAACAAAACCAUGUCAAGGCUUAAAUGUAACAGAUACAUAUCAUAAAAUAGCUUUAAUGUAAAAAUCACAGUGUUAAUAGUACACGACGCGUAUAGAUUGUUAUAGACAAAAAUUAAAUGGAAAAUAUAACUUUUUUUUGCUACUUGACUUUACACCUACCUACAAGUUUUUAGAAAUUAGGUCCAUAGGAAAUUGUAUUGAAUUGUGUUACAAAAUAGAGCUUUUUGAUUUUGUUAA